CCAAUCGUCCGCAAGCGUAGGCAAGGUCCUUGGCUUGAGCCGUUGAGGGCGAACCGACGCAUACAUGUACGUUAGUAUACGCCAUGGCCUUCAGACAAGCAAGCUGCUGGUCCGAAUCAGUUUCUCACACCUUUUACCGGCCGACUUCACAGACCUCGUCAAAAGGAUGGCUCUCCCUGCACAUCAUCAUGUGUAUGUCGCUGGUAGUUGAUCGAUUAUUGCUUUCUAGCUUUUUUGCUCUUGGUGUGUGUUGUUGUUGGUGCAACCACUUGGAAGGACACGCCUAACCUAGCACGGCCAGCGGUAGCAUCUUCCUUAGUUAUUACUAACGUAUUAGUGAUGUUCUGAGGCGAUUGGUCAUGGGUGGCAGACGAGAUACUUGCACCUUUGCCUCAAUUCAACGCUACGCGAAGACGAAUACGAUAGCCGAAUGCGAUGAAGAAUCGGACAAUGCUCGAGAUAUGGAUAUGUUGCAGCAUUCUGGAGCGCCGGCAUUAGCUCAGGGCGCGAUGGUUCGGAGACUUGUCGACCGCUGCUCCAUCGGCUGGUCGUCUGCCGUGUCGACUGUUCGACAGAGUUUUUCACCCGUCGUUCUACUGUUGAUUCUGGUUGUUCUCGACACCAUUGCGUUUACCGGCUUUGAGAACAAUCUCUGGGUAAUGCUUCAUGUCGAACUGCGCCUUGGACACGUGGAAGUAACUGAAGGAGCGAUACAUACCCUGCGGAUUGUUAGUGCCCUUGGGUCAUUCGUAGCUGGAGUGGUAGCUGAUCGAUGGUUUGGAAGUCUUCGGGUGGUCCAGUUUGGUAUCAUUUGUCGACUUGUGUCUGCUUUCCUCAUGAUGUGUGCAUCAUUUACUGUGCGUUCUGGGGCAGUGCGGGCUGGUGAUGCGCCUGCGUGGGUGGAAGCCUUCGUAUGCAUCGCUUUGCUGUUCGGAUGUGUCGGGAGAGCAGCUGGAAAUGGUGUUCUGCUUGUGUUGGGUGUGGAGCAGUACCGCAAGAAAGGUCGGGGGCCAAUGGAGGCAUCAGCGUUCUUUCCCCUGUUCCUCUGGUGGUAUGCAGCAGCUUCCAUCAUUUCAACGUUCACGUUGACAGUUGCGGUUGACAGUGUGAGCUACAGCAUGAUGCUGUCGCUAUGUACAGUGCUGUAUGCAUGGGAAUACCUCAUUCUUAUGUUCUUCAGGGAAAGGCUGGCUGUGGACCGGCCCGUCCCAGUGCAGUUGCGCUCAUUUGCCCGUGCUAUUCGGUUAAAGUUACCUUGCCGAGCAACGGCAAGAAUGCAACGUGAUGCAUCCCGAACCAAACCACCAUUUAACGAGCAUGUCCCUCUAGUGGAUAGCUUUGAUCAGUGCACUCGUACAAAGUAUAGCAUCAACGCUGGCCCUGCCAUGGAGGCUGAUGUUGCUGACGCGAUGACUGAAGGUGCCCGUUUGUUCAACAUCUUGCCAAUCCUGAUUGCUUGCUGCGUUCCAGCGGGAUUCAUUGACCUGCUUCUAUCUGCAUUUGUGGAUCAAGGUCAGCGAAUGAAGCAGCUAACUGCUUCCUUGGACUGCAACACGACUGGCACACCUCCAGGCACUCUGACGUAUGUAACACCCGUGAUGCUGUUGAUUGCAAUUCCGUUCCUGCACAAGGUGGUCUAUCGCAUGUGGCAGACCCUGGGUGGGAUCUGUUGCCGCUGGACACUACUCCGACGCAUCGGUCUUGGCAUGCUUAUCGCAAUAGCUUGCUGUCUGGUGGCUGUGCUGGUGGAAAUCCGUCGCCAGUCAUACCCGGUGGAUGGCUGGUCGAUGUGCGUCACACAACAUCACAAGUUUGUGCUACACGUGUCCGGGCUCAGCAUGGCGUGGCAACUGCCACAGUAUCUGCUCUACUCUCUUUCAUUCUGUCUUGUUUACCUCUCUGUUAUGGAGUUUACUUUUACUCAGUCAUCAAACCGACUGCGCAACACCUACAUGGGUGCGUUAAUUGCACUCAUCGGCUUGGGCCGUGGAAUCGCCAGGGUCAUGUUGUCGCAGACGUCAUCCAUGACUGGUAGGUGGGGAGACUAUGGGCAGAAAUUCAACAGGCUCCAGUUAUACUUCACCACAUUUGCCAGCCUGGCAUCAGUGUCGUUCUUCGUCUUUUUCAUCUUAGCCUGUAAGUUCAAACCGAAGCUGCAGAGUGCCAGAGCAACACUGGUGUAAGGAGUUGCAGUUUUGCAACUAUUUACUAUAGAAUGUAGUGCACAGUGCCUGUAGAAUUAUCAGCAGGCUAGUAUCCGAUGAUUGUGUGCAUAGCGUUAUGUGUUGUUUGCCCAUUGACACACUGCUGCUGAGCUACCAGUGUGAUCCACUGGUACGCUAUAAGACAUAUUGCGGAAAUACGGGCGCCUGAACCCUCACAGAUGUUGGGUACCGAUUUCCAGCUUCUUCAUCUCUUGUCUGAAUGUGCAAGACUCGUGCACACUAUUGUUUAACUAUGAUGUGCUAUCAUCCAUGAACCAAA